AUGUCGGAAUUCAUCCCAGAGCUGCCCGCGACGCGCCGAGGCGGAUCCGCCCCCGUCCUCGAGCACGCGUCCUACGAGAAAGAAGCGUCCUCCACCGGCGCCGCAGACGUGCCCAUGGUCAAACCGCACUGGUACCGCUCGACGCUAUUCCAGAUCUGGGUCGUCGGCGGCGUGUUCUUCUGCGCCCCCGGGAUGUACAAUGCGCUGAGCGCGCUCGGCGCGGGCGGCCUCGCGACGCCGUGGUACGCGAACGCGACCGCCGCGGCGGGGUACGUGUUCAUGGCGUUCAUGUGCAUCUUCGGCGGGCUGUUGGUGUCGAAGAUCGGGAUGACGAAGGCGCUGCUGAUCUCGUCGACGGGAGAUGUCAUAUAUGCGGGUAGUCUAUACCUGAACAGCAAAAAUGGGACGCAGUGGUUCCUCAUGCUGGGAUCCAUCAUCUCCGGAAUGACGGACGGCCUGAUGUACUCGGUCGAAGGUGCCAUCAUCACCGCGUACCCCGAGCCCGCCCGUCGCGGGCGAAUGCUUUCGCUUUGGGUCUUCUUGCGCAACGCAGCGCCCGUCGUCGGCGGUGCUAUCAUCUUCGGCCUCAACUCGAAGACUGACUCUGCGGGAGGUGUUUCGCUGCAUACGUACCUCGUCAUCAUCGGCAUCAUGUGCGCGGGCCCGUUUAUCGCAGUCCACCUCUCGCCGCCCAAAAAGGUGCAGCGCACGGAUGGCAAGCCUAUCAUCUUCCGCAAAACUAGCUUCCGCCAAUCGCUCAGAGAAUGGGCUGCGGUCGCGACCGCGCCCAAGAUGUGGCUGCUCUUCCCGCUCUUCUUCACGUCCUGGUUCUACGGGUCGUACAUCGGCACGCUGCAGACGCAGUACUUCAACGUGCGCACGCGCGCGCUCACCGCGUUCGUGACCCCCUUCGGCGACAUCCUCGGCGGGAUCUGCAUCGGGUACUUCCUCGACUGGAAGCGCCUCACGCAGAACCAGCGCGCGAAGUACGCGUUCGUGUUCCUCGUCGCGCUCAACCUGGGCCUCUGGAUCUGGACGGCGGUGAUCACGAAGUGGCUCGAGGACAAUAAGCCCGUGGUUGACUGGACCUCGGACUCGUUCGGGCGCACGUGGGCGCUGUUCAUCCUAUUCGAGUUCGCGACGAUGGCGACGCAGUCGACACUCUACUGGAUCGUCUCCUUCCUCUCGUCCGACGUGAACACGCUCUCGUAUAUCACUGGCGCGCUGCGCGGCGUCGAGUGCGCGGGCCAGGCCGUCGCGUACGGCAUCAAGAGCACCAACACGUCCGACUGGAUCUCCAUCGGGCUCAACGUCGGCCUCUUCGUGCUCUCGAUCCCGUUCGCGUGGGUCGUCGUCCGCGACAUCGGGAAGGAGGGCGUCGACAACACCAUCGGCGUCGUCGUAGGCGCCGGCGCGGCUCAGCCCGACGCGCCCGACGCGGCGGAAUACGCCCAGGAGAAGGCGGGCUCGGAAAAGUCGGCGGUUUAG